AUGCUCUUCACACGUCUCCUCUCGAUCAUCCUGCGCACAGCGCAAUGGGUCUUCGCUGCCAUCGUCCUCGGUCUCACAGCAUACUUCCUCUACCAACGUUCUCGAUACGAUCAGGGGCCUCUAGGCCGAUUGAUCUUCUCAGUGAUCUGGUCUUCGUUGUCCAUCCUCUUCGCUGUCAUCUGGGCCAUCCCCACAAGCUCUAGCAUCACUGGCUACACAUCCGACUUCAUCUUCACCGCCGGUUGGGCCGCUGUCUUCGGACUCCUCGUCAGCUGGUUCAACGGCUCUGGAUGUGGUAGCGCGUGGGCUUGGGGCGGCGUGUCUUUCCGUCGCGACAACUCUUGUGGUCAAUGGCAGGCUGCUCAGGCUUUCUCGUUCUUGUCUAUGAUCCUUUGGUUCGCGACUGGCGUGCUUGGUAUCUUGACGGUGCACCGUCUUAACCGCAAGGCUGCUGCGUAA